GGCAAUGUUGUGUGCACGUUAGCCGGACUGAAAGGGCGCCGUCAUUUUCGCUGUGCACCGCCCACCCCGUGCUGUUCUGAACGUCCUUAACUUUGUUUCACGUCGAGGCGUACCAGAAUGAAACCCAGCCUCUGGGGUCCGCUCCGGACGCCAUUUAAAGUUACCUCCGAACGCGUCCUACAAAAUGGCAAACAAAAAUCGCUGACACAAUGGUGUCUUUAUCAUACAUGUUACCAUAGGCACACUUGCCUGCAAGUCAGAUCCUGCUCCAACCACAACAGAGCCAGCAGCAUCUUCAACAGCAGCAGCAGCAGCAGCAGCAACCACCGCCGCCACUCCCACAACAGCAGCAGCAGCAGUUGCAGAUGCAGCAGGUAUACUCACCGCUCCAACAGUUCCAGCAACAGGCCUUCCACACACAAUCCUUUGCAUCAUCGCAUCAGCCGCUACAGCAGAUGGAUCUCCACGCGGCCACCGGUUUGACGCAUCAGCAUCAGCUGUACCUACAACAGCAACAAACACAAUACCAGUAUCAGCAACAGCAACACCAACAACUGUUUCUACAACAGCAUCAGCAGCAGCAGCAGACUCCGCAACCGCAAGCACAACCUCCACAACCACAACAGCAACAGCAGCAGCACAGCUUUGGAUUCGCUUCGCCUCUACAGUUCAGUAAUGCGACGACAAUGGCGUUCAGUCAGGCAUUGACGUACGAUACAACGACGGCAGCAGUGCUUGGGGCCAUGGAUCAGUCGCACUUGACAUCACCUCACCUAAGCCAGGCGCCCUUGACGUCCUCCAUUUUGGGGUCGCCCCAGAUCCAAGUGCAGGCACAGUCGUUGGCAUUAGCACAGGCCCAGGAACUUGCUCGACAACAGCAACAGCAACAACAGCAGCAACAGGAGCUGGUGAUGCAGCAGGCACAGGCACAAGCACAAGCACAAGCACAGGCGCGUGCGCAGGCACAAGCGGCAAAGACAGCACGAGCGUUACAGGCUCAGGUAUUCGCUCAAGCACAGGCACACCAGGCACAGCAGGUAUUAGCACAAACGCAGGCGCAAGCUCAUGUCCAGUACUUGACGGCUCAUACGCAGUCUAUGCUACAGCAAUCGAUGGUAGUGUCUGCGACCCCAUAUACCCAGCUGCCGACACAUCCUGCGCAACACCAACAGAAAUUGCAGCAUCAAAACCAGCCAUCUGCGACACUUAAUGGGGUACUCUUGUCUGAGGUCACGUCGCCAGCUACACCUAUGCCUUCAAACAUCAAGUCCCCUCGGCAACAGGGUGCGAGCCGUGUCAAGGGAGUGAAACUAGCCGAGGCUACCAAGAAACAGCCGGCUCAGCAACCCCUACCACAAGCAGCCCAACAGCAGACAUUAACAUCACUUCCGAAUCAGUUGCACCAGUCGUCACAGCUGUACCAACAGCAACAACUGGGGCUCCAGCUACAAAAACCACAGCAAUAUAUCCACAAUGUACAACAGCAGCAUCAACCAAUCCGGCAGCAACAACAGCAUCAGUUUCAAAGUCAACAACAGCAUCAGCAGGCAUUCUCACUAGCUCAAAAACAGACGGCAAAACAGCAAUCACAGAAGCAGCACUCUACACAAAAGCCAACCAAGGCAAAAAAACCAUAUUACAGUGACGAUUCGAAUUCGGAUUCUGGAUCAUCGAGCUCAGAGGACGGCGAGUCGUCAUCGUCAUCUUCGUCCGAGUCGUCAUCCUCGUCUUCAGAAUCUGAUCAAGAGUUUAAUGGGAAGACGUCCCCGCCAGCCAAGAAGCCCGCUGGGAGGAAGAAGAAUGCAGCCAAAGCUGGAGGGAGCACUGCGCGGUGGGCGGUGCCUUAUGACCCUGUGGUGAUCCCUAUGGCCAGCAGGACACUGGAAAAGAUUUUGGAUUGGAGGGUGAAUAAUGGAACAGAGGAACUUUUGAUCAAGUAUAAGUACUCGAGUUAUCUGCAUGUGGAAUGGGUGCGGAGAAAACGAAUCGAGGAUGGCGAGCAUUUAGGAAAAAAUCGAGUGAUGAAGUUCAUGGAGAAGCGGCAACAGUACAUCGACUGGGAGCCAUUCAACCCGGCUUUCACCAGGGUCGAGCGCAUUGUUGAUGAAGGAGAGCUAAAAACACUGGAAGGCGAAAUCGAGAUUUAUUUCUUGGUCAAAUGGUGCAAUACGCCUUAUGACGGUUCAACUUGGGAAAAGCGCGACGACGUCUUGGCUCUGGAUCCGACGAAAGUGCACGAGUUUUAUGCACGUAAGAUCAUCCCAGACGCCAGCGCGGCCCGACAGUUGCCCCGGCCACCACGAGGCGCGUUUCGCAGACUGCAAGAAUCUCCGGCCUUUAAACACGGCAACCUGCUGCGACAGUAUCAGCUGGAGGGCUUGAACUGGUUGUUGGACUGUUGGUUCAAUGAGCAGUCGUGUAUCAUGGCAGACGAGAUGGGACUCGGAAAGACGGUUCAGUCGGUGUCGUUUUUGAACGAGAUACAUAAUACGUACCGGAUUCGGGGACCGUUCUUGGUGAUUGCACCGUUGUCAACGAUACCGCAUUGGCAACGCGAGUUUGAGGCAUGGACGGAUAUGAAUGUUGUAGUCUUCCACGGGAACUUGACGUCGCGGAAUUUGAUCUGCGAUGCGGAGUAUUAUUACAAGGACGCCCAGGGGGCGAUUGUGCCGUACCUAUUCAAGUUCGAUGUUUUGAUCACGACAUAUGAGAUGAUUGUCGCAGCAUCUGCACAGCUCAAACCGGUCGCGUGGAGGGCUAUUAUUGUCGAUGAAGCACACAAAUUGAAGAACUCGGCUUCGAAAGUAUCCGAGAUCUUGAAGACUUAUAGUCUGGAGCACCGUGUACUGUUGACUGGAACGCCGCUUCAGAAUUCUCUCGAUGAACUGUUUGCGCUUCUCAAUUUUCUGGAGCCUUCGCGCUUUGUCAACGAGAAAGCGUUCCUGGCAGAAUAUGGUAACCUGAAGACUGAGGAGGAAGUGAAACGAUUGCAGGAACUGCUGAAGCCCCUCAUGCUGCGGCGGUUCAAAGAGGAUGUUGAAAAGUCGAUUCCCGUCAAAGAAGAAACGAUUAUUGAGGUCGAAUUGACGACAACCCAGAAGGCCUACUAUCGAGCCAUCCUGGAGAAGAAUUUUGGAUUCCUAAAGAAGGGCCGCUCUGCAGGACCCAGCUUAAUCAAUGUGAUGAUGGAGUUGCGCAAGUGCUGUAUCCAUCCUUAUCUCAUCUCCGGCGCAGAGGAUCGCAUUGUUGCAGAAAAAAACGCUGUGACCCCGGAGGCCAAGUAUCAGUGCUUGAUUGAAGCAUCCGGAAAGUUAGUGCUGAUCGACAAACUGCUGAAGAAGCUGAAGGAGGGUGGGCACAAGGUGUUGAUCUUUUCGCAGAUGACCAGGUGUCUGGAUCUGUUGCAGGAUUAUAUUCGUGGACGAGGGUAUGUAAAUGAGCGGAUCGAUGGAUCGAUUCGCGGGGACUUGAGACAGGCGGCGAUCGAUCGGUUUUCGACCCAACCCGACUCGUUCAUCUUUUUAUUGUGUACCCGUGCAGGUGGUGUCGGCAUUAACUUGACGGCGGCGGAUACCGUUGUCAUUUUUGACAGCGAUUGGAACCCACAGAACGACCUCCAGGCGACAGCACGUUGUCAUCGUAUCGGACAGACCAAGCCUGUGCAGAUUUAUCGGCUGGUGACCCGCAACACGUACGAGAAAGAGAUGUUUGACCGUGCAAGCAUCAAGCUAGGACUCGAUAAGGCUGUGCUGCAAAAGAUGGAUGUUGCCCCCAAUCCAGAUGAUCUCUCGGAUAUGCCCAAGCCGCCUUCGUCCUUGAGCAAGAAAGAGGUCGAAGAAUUGCUCAAGAAGGGUGCGUAUGGUGCCCUUCUGGACGAUGAUGAGACUAGUGCCAGGUUCUGCGAGGAAGAUAUUGACCAGAUCCUGGAGCGCCGUACUACGGUGAUCAAGCACACUGGAAACGAGAAGGGAUCUGUGUUUUCGAAGGCGACCUUUUCGUCAACACCCAUUGGCGAGGAAUUCGAUGUCAAUGAUCCGCAGUUCUGGGACAAAUGGGCAGAACGUGCGAAUGUCAAUAUCCAAGAUAUCACGACUAAGGACCAGCUAAUCCUGAACGCCCCACGUAGCCGUCGACAAGUCCAGCGAUUUGGAAAGGAACAAGGAGAUUCAGAUUCUGAGGAAAAGGAUUAUGUCUCGGACCUGGACUUUGAGGACGAAAAGGAUGAGAAGGAUUCGAAAGACGGAGGCAAGAAGCGUGAGGCACCCCGGCAAUGGAGCAUGGCAGAACGACAGCUCUUUGAACGCAAGCUGAUGAUUUACGGAUACGGACGCUGGGACCAGAUGGGAGUGUUCUUUCCACGUCGAACCGUUAAGGAUCUCAACGCUGUGGCCCACUGCAUGGUGCGAGAAAUCCUUCGAGGCAUGUCGACAGGAGCGUCCAUCUCUGCGGAUGACCAGAAGCUGAUCAAGGAGCUGGAGGCGAUUUUGGCUGAAAGUGACAUGAGUAAUGGCUAUGAGACACCCUCAAUUGAGUAUAUUCCGUACGAGAAGGCGAGCAAAAAAGCGACAAUCGAGUUCAGGUCGUUUCUCCUGGAGGCAUCGGCGGAAUACAAGGAUCACAUCCAGAAGAAGGGUCGCAAUCUCAUCCUCCGUGUGCAGCUCAUCGACGCUAUCCAGAAGCUUAUCCCUCGGGACUGGGAUCUGGCCAAGCAGAUGGAGAUUCCGCCAGUGUCUGGAGUACCGCCAGCACCUUGGUGGGGAGAUGAUCAGGAUCGGGAUUUGAUGUUGGCGAUUAUUAAGUAUGGGUAUCUGGUGACGGAGCCCCAGUAUGAGGCAGUCAGGAAUGACCCCGAGUUUUCAUUCUAUGGCAGAAGAUAUGAGCUGAACGCCAAGGAUUCGAAGGAUGACGACGAUGAUGUGGACGACCAUGGACGGCCAUCGAAAUCAAAGCAGCCUAAACAGCCCAAGCAACCUAAACAGCCGAGGGUUGUCAGCUAUGGAUGUAGCAACGAUAGCAAAGUGUUAGUGUGGCCUUCGAAAUCCGACAUCGGACUCCGUUUGCGUCGUAUUUUGUCCGCUCUUCAGCGCAAACACCAUUUUGACGCGCGCAAGAACACACUAGUAGAAAAGGACAGGACCAAGGAAAAGCAACGACACGACCGGCAGCUGCAGCGGGAGCAGGCGGCGCAGGAGAAGAAGCAUCAAAAGGAGAUCGAGAUCGCUUCUCGCUGGACCAAGAAGGACAAGGCAGAGUUCUACAAGACUAUUGCCUCAUUCGGCGUGGUUCGUCUGCGGGACAAUGCAGCCUCAUACUCGGAUCCAGGAACACCAAAUAGUUACAGCACUCAGGGCCAGAAUGGUCGUUCCAAGGCGGGCUCCUUCAGCUCCCAUAUUCGUAAGCAAAAGCAUGGAUCUGUUGGCCAUGAUUGGAGCAGGUUCAAGGAACUGGCAGGGCUGACGAAGAAGCCGGAUGAGGUGAUGGAGGAGUUUUAUUACGACUUUGUCAAAGUCUGCCAACAGGUCGUGGACAAGAGCAGCAGUAGCGCUCAGAAUCGACAGAGUCGAGAGUCGAGUCUUUCAUCCGCGCACCCGAAAGUGGAAGACGAGGAGGACAAAGAAGAUAAGGAUGAUGGCGGAGGAGAUGUCCCACCGUUGGAUCGAGCCAAACGUGCACUGAAACGCAUUGAGGUGAUGAGCAUCAUUCGCGAUCAGAUUCUCACUAAUCCAAAGGUGGAUGCUCUGUUGGCUGCAGGGCGACGCUCGCCUGGAUUACCGAGCUGGUGGAUAACUGGGGUUCACGAUCGACCGUUCCUGGAAGGUCUUGCCAAGCAUGGUGUUAACCGUCAGGACUUGAUUGUUGAGGACGAAGACCUGCCUUUCGCGGCCAUCAGCCGACACUUUGCAGAGUUGCAAAAAGAACGACAUCUCGUAAAGACCGAGACCACUGAAGACCCAAAGCACAAGAAGGAGACUGUGCAAGGAUCAUUGGCUGAGGUAAAACGAGAAGAGGACGCUACGCCAGCUGGAUCUAUCGCCAAGCCCAAGCCCACAGCCCCUGCCGAACCCGAGGAGUUUGUGUGGCUCAAGGAGGCAGUUGUGAUGCGCCGGAUCGAACACUUGAUCGACAUUGUACUGAAUCCAAAGCCUGUGUCCAAAAAAAAGCGCAAGUAUUAUGAAGCCCAGAUGGCGAUGAACAGCAAUAAUCCGGAUACAGUGAACCACCGUGGCAAGGGCAAGGCGUCAUCGUCGCGCCAGGGAGGGAGCUACGAAACCGAGGUGGAACACAGCGAUCGGGAAGGCGACCACGUAGCGACUCUGGAGUUUGCAGACACCAAUGCUAUCAAGAAAAAGAAGCUGGCUGCGGUGGUGAUUGAGAAGAAAUCUAGAGGAGUGGGUGCUCCCAAGAAGCAGACGUCGCCUUUGGUCACGAUUUCGAAGGAGAGCAAUGGGGAUUACGAGGAUGGUAAUGCGUUGGUCAAGUCGUCUGGACUCAAGUUAACGAUCAGGCUGAACAAAAUUCCGAGUGUUGUCGCCGCUGCUGCGGCCAAUGCGGCUGCCAAUGCGGCUGCCAAUGCGGCUGCCAAUGCGGCGGCUUCUGGUAUUAGCAACAGCACCGGAGUCAGCCGUACGAGCAUUAGCAGGAAGGGCCCUGAGGUCAAGAAGGCGCCACCACCGUCAGCUAGUCUAAAGCGCGGACGCGAUGGCAAUGGGAAGGGCCACGCCGCAAGAAAUGGCAGUAGAAGCCGCAGCAGGGGUAGGAACAGAAGUACCAGCAGUUCGAGCGGGAGUGACACGGAUGAGAUGAUGCAGAUAGCGAGCAAGCAGGUCGAGUAUCUCCAGCGCAAGAUCAAUGAGAAGAAACGGCUCCGUGCGGUCAGUCCGAGAGGACGGUCACCGACGUCUUCAUCUUCUUCGUCUACUUCGUCGUCACGGUCGUCUUCGCGGUCGUCUUCUAGAAGCAGAACCAGGAGUCGAAGCAGGAGUCGAAGCAGAGACAGGGGCAGGGGCAGAGGUAGAGCUAUGAGUAAGGGUAAGAGUAUGAGCAUGAGCAUGAGCAUGAGCAUGAGCAGGAGCAGGAGCAGGAGUAGGAGUAGAAGCCGUGGCAGGGGCAGGGGCAGGGACAGGGGUAGGUCGCGCUCUAGGUCGUAUUCUCGAGGCAGGUCGAAUGCCUCUUCUUCGCGGUCGCGGCGGUCGGCGUCGUCUAGGUCGUCGUCCCAUAGAUCCUACUCAGACUAAACUUCGUGUUUGCUUUUUGACCGUUGUGCUGU